AUGUUCGUCUUACCAUGUGACCAUACUUGCAGUGUCAGUUCGCUGAGUAUAUAUUCUUUUUGGGUGAAAAUCUGGAAUGGACGAACAGCUUUCUGUACCGUGACUUUUGACGAGCACACUUCUGCUGUCACGGGAGUGUGCUGGACACAAAGUGGCAAAGCUAUCCUGAGUGCUUCAUUGGAUGGAACUGUUAGGGCACAUGAUCUCAAAAGAUAUCGUAAUUUCCGUACACUUGUAUGUCCUGAGCCAACCCAGCUGGGAAGUUUGGCAGUAGAUCAGGCAGGCGAUAUAGUGGUAGCAGCUGCUAAGGAGAUAUUCAACAUUUUUAUUUGGAGUAUGGAAAAUGGCUCUUUGCUUGAUGUUCUCAGUGGGCAUGAGUCUAAUGUUGCCAGUAUAAGCCUAUAUGGAAACACCUUAGCUAGCAUAUCAUGGGAUAGAACUUUGAAAAUAUGGAAUAUCGUUGAUUCUACAUGUGAGACAACCGAACUUGCUCAGGAAGGUCUUGCUGUCGCCUUUUCUCCAUGUGGACAGUUAAUAGCUGCAUUGACUGUAGAUUCGAAUGUCACAAUAUACCAUGCAAAAGAUAUGGCUUUUGUUGGCACAAUAGACGCAAGAUUCGACUUAGAUCCUGGACGAGGUCAAGCCGAUACUAUAACCCGACAGAAUGCCUCGCAGAAUAAAUCAUUUACUUGUAUGCAGUUUUCACCGGAUAGUGCGCUGUUGUUGUUGGGCGGUGACUCCAACAAUUUCUGUUUGUACUCAGUUCCAGAUAGGAUGCUGAUGAAGAAAUUUACGAUUACGGCGAACCGUAGUUUGGAUGGUGUCGUGUUAGACGUGAACCGGCGAAACUUUACGGAAUUCGGAAAUAUGGCUCUUGUUGAUGACUCGGAUUCGGAAACCGAACCAGAUGGCAAAAGGGCCAUCAAGUUGCCCGGAUCAAAGCAUUUCGACCUUGGAGAAAGAAGUGCUCGCCCUCAAAUAGCCGUCUAUGCUUUAGCAUAUUGUCCAACAGGUCGCCGAUUUGCUGUCUGCAGUACAGAAGGUGUUGGAGUAUAUUCACUAGACACUGUAGGAAUAUUUGAUCCGUUCCAGUUGGAUAGCCAGACUACUCCAGAUAUGGUGAAAAAGUAAGA